GAGUGGUUCAAGAUUGAUUUCCAGACAGGUUUAUUUAAGGGAGUGUGGUGAAAAUACGUUUUGGCCUUGUGAAUUGAGGUACUCUUACCAAAACGCCCUAAGGAAAUAGUCUGGAAGAAAAAGGAAGCAGGAGAUAGAUUAGUUUGGUAUCACCAUCUUUGUUACCUCCCGCAUUGCCCAGAGGGACUGCGGAGAACAGCCGCUCCCCUUUCUGGUUCCUGAGAGCGUCGACAAUAAACCUUCGUCUGAAUGUUGUUGUUGGGGAGAGAUUGUAUUGAUCCCUGGAAACGUGUCCCUAUAAAAGCGUCUUGUGUGCGCGGUGACUGCGGCGACCAUGAAGGACUCAGUAUGGAAAUGGAGUGGACCUCGGAAACAGGGCUCUAUGACAAGAUAAUGGACCACAGAGAAGGCAGGAAGUGCUAUUAGGUAGAGAGUGUGUUAUCACUUCUGACAGAUGGUCCAGGAAGAGAUUGCUGGGGGCAAAGUCUUUCCACAGUGCAGCAUCACAACAGCUGCUGUCGAUUUCGCCGCUACCGGGUCUGUUCUCAAACCACCGAGGGGCAGAACCUAACUUCCAGAAGCAGACAGCCCCGAGACACCAGGUGUCCCGGUCUCUCUGUCCACCCCUGAAGGAAGGAUGCUGGACGCCGGAACCAGGAAAGUCCCAGGGUGGCUGAGGCUUAUCUUUCUAGUCAGCCUGAGCGUGCUUCUGUGUCUGGUGGAGGGCUCGGAGGCCAGGAGAGCUCCCAAGAUCCCCCGCUGCCCUGCCACCUGCUCCUGCACCAAGGACAGUGCCUUCUGUGUGGACACCAAGGCUAUCCCCAAGAGCUUCCCCCCUGGAAUCAUAUCUCUGACGAUGGUGAACGCAGCUUUCACGGAGAUCCCUGAGGGAGCCUUUUCUCAUCUUCACCUCCUGCAGUUCCUUCUGCUGAAUUCCAACACGUUCACUGUGAUCUCUGACAACGCCUUCGCAGGUCUGUCACACCUGCAGUACCUGUUUAUAGAGAAUAAUGACAUUCAAGCUUUGUCAAAGCACACCUUUAGAGGUCUGAAAUCUCUGACCCACUUAUCACUGUCUAAUAACAACCUGAAGGUCCUCCCGCGAGAACUCUUCAACCACCUGGACAUUCUGACGGACUUAGACUUAAGGGGGAACUCUUUCCGCUGUGACUGUAAAAUCAAGUGGCUGGUAGACUGGAUGGAGAAGACCAAUACUUCCGUGCCCACCAUUUACUGCGCCAGCCCAUUUGAGUUUCAGGGUCGAAGGAUCCACGAGCUCAACCCACGAGACUUCAACUGCAUCAGUGCAGACUUUGCAGUCUAUGAGACCUUCCCAUUCCAGUCUGUUUCAGUGGAGUCCUAUGAGUUCAAUGGAGACCAGUUUGUAGCCUUCGCCCAACCUGAUUCAGGCUUCUGCACUCUGUAUGUAUGGGACCAUGUGGAGAUGGUCUUCCGGAAGUUCCACAACAUCACAUCUCGCUCUGCGGUGUACUGCAAGCCUGUAGUGAUAAACAACACGCUUUACAUGGUUGUGGCUCAGCUAUUUGGAGGUUCCCACAUCUACAAAUGGGAAGAGGACCCGCUGCGGUUUGUGAAGAUCCAAGACAUCGACACCACGCGUGUGAGGAAGCCGAACUUUGUGGAGACCUUUCAGCUGGAUGGGGAUUGGUACUUUGCAGUGGCGGACAGUUCGAAGGCAGGCUCCACCAGCAUCUACCGCUGGAACAGCAACGGCUUCUACUCCCACCAGUCCCUGCAUCCCUGGCACCGCGACACUCACGUGGAAUUCCUGGAAGUGGGAGGCAAGCAGCACCUCAUCCUAUCCAGCGCCUCUCAACCCCCGGUGGUCUACCAGUGGAACCGCAGCCAACGCCAGUUCGUCUUCCAGUUACAAAUCGUAGAGCUGGCCGACGUGCAGAUGGUCAAGCAUUUCUGGGUGCGGAAGGUCCUCUACCUGUGCCUCACCCGCUUCAUCGGCGACUCCAAGAUCGUCCGCUGGGACGGCCAGCGCUUCGCAGAGAUCCAGACCCUCCCGUCCCGAGGCUCCAUGGCCGUGUAUCCGUUCACAGUGGGCGUCCGUCAGUAUCUCCUCCUGGGCAGUGAUUUCUCCUUCUCCAGGGUGUACCUGUGGGAUGACCUCACCCAGCGUUUCCAGCCCUUCCAAGAGCUUAACAUGAGAGCACCUCGGGCCUUCAGCUUGGUGUCAGUGGACAACAAAGACAUUCUUCUGGCCGCCAGCUUCAAAGGCAACACUUUGGCCUACCAGCACCUUCUGGUAGAUCUGAGUGCCAAGUAGAAAACAGGACAAAGUGGAUAUUGUGCAUUUGUUGAGAGUAUUUAUUAACACAUGCUGAAAAGAAGAACUUGUCUAAGCCAUGUGACUAAAUGCCUGUUAGCUACCAUGAAUUUAACCUAAAGUAAAGACUAAUGGACAAUGCAUUGUCAAAUUCAAAUGUUUGCCAUACUCUGAUUACUACAAAGAGGAAUUAAAUCAAACGAUGCCUGUGUUGUGAUGUCAAAAUAGUUCACCAUCUAGAUAUACGUAUAAUUAUGCCAUUGUAAAUAAGUGUCAUAUCACUAUGCAAUUUCACUGCUUAUUCUAUCUACCAGCUACUUGGCAUAUUAAUGGGAUGUGACAAUGCUGAUGUUUAUGCACUGAUCUUCGAGACAAUACAAGUGAACAGCGAGUGGUGUCAAACGCAUGUUCACCCUAUAUGUUUUCUAUGGUACGAAUGCAUAUUCAUAUAAAAUUACUAACUGUUGUAAGAUGUAAGGUUUAACCAUUAAAACUAAAACUAAAAUAAACCAU